AUGGUACCGCCAACAGCUAUUGAAGAAGACAAUCGACAUACCAUACCAGGCUGCAAAACGAAGCUGAUGGAUCAUCAAAUCAAAGCCAUCAAGUUUAUCCAACGAAGCGAAUCAAAUCUUUUCUCAACACCACUAGAGAUAUGGGACGAUUCGGAUAAUCGGUGGGUCCACAGAGUCUUCGAAGAUGCUGUUCGGAAGGGUUAUCUUGGGAAACACAUCAAAUUUGAUGCUAAAGGAUGUAUUCUUGCGGACGAUAUGGGUCUUGGCAAGACAUUGACAACUUUAUCGGUCAUCCAACUCUCCAGUGAAGAAGCCUUGAAAUUCUCCCGUCAACAACCCGAUGUAACAAACUUGAUGCCAACCUCAGCAACGUUGAUAAUCUGCCCCCUUUCGACCCUUGAGAACUGGAAGAACGAGAUUAAUACACAUUUCAAAACAGGAAGUCUUCCGUUCAAAACGUACUAUGGUAAAGAGAAAUAUACGAUUGAGUUCAAAGAAAUUGCUCAAGUUGCAGUCGUACUAGCAACAUAUGAGUCAGUAUCAAUGCAAAUGAAAAGCAGUCAACAGGUCGGGAGCAGCAAUGAUGGAGAAAGCAGGAAGUUGGGUUUGGAUUUUUCACGUAUAAAAUGGUUUAGAAUUAUUCUUGAUGAAGCACAUUACAUGAAGGAUCCAAAGACAAAUAGGAGCAGUGUAAUACUUGGAUUGGAAGCAGAACGACGAUUAUGCCUUACUGGGACCCCUUUGCAAAAUCAGCUUGGAGACCUCCAUAGCUUGAUGAAGUUCCUUAGAAUCGAACCUUGGAUGGAAAAUUCAAUUUGGAAGACAUGUAUUGAAUCACCAGUUGAGAUGUGCGAUCCCCGGGGAAUUGCAACAUUACAAACAAUCAUGAACCGAAUCAGUAUGAGGAGAUUGAAAACUACAAUCUUGUCUCUCCCUCAGAAACACGAAACAAUUAUCAACCUUGAACUGAAAACUCCGUGGAAUGAAAUAUACGAAAGAAAUCACCAAGCAUUUUCCGACCAAUUUGGGAAGAAUCGGACAUCAGGACAAGGUUGGAACUCCAGCAGUUUCUUCGCUGAGCUUGUGGAUUUAAGACAACUGUGCAAUCACCCAGCAUUGAUGGAAAAAGGAGUCGGGACCGGAAAAUACUCGUGGGACGAAAGCUCAAAGAUUGUCCACUUAAUGCAAGACCUCAAGUCAUUCCUGAGAAGUGGUGUUCAAUUUCGUGCGGUAAUUUUUUCAGAGUUCAAAAGGUUUCUAGAAAUGUGA